AUGGGUUGCCAGGUCAAGGGUUACAGGUUGCUAGGUCGAGUGUCAUGGGUUGCCAGGUCGAGGGUCACAGCUGGCCAGGUCAAGGGUAAAAGGUUGCCAGGUCCAGGGUCACGGGUUGCCAGGUCCAGGGUUACAGAUUCCCAGGUCCAGGGUUACAGGUUGCUAGGUCUAGGGUUACAGGUUGCUAGGUCCACGGUAAUAGUUUGCCAGGUCCAGGGUCACGGGUUGCCAGGUCCAGGGUUACAGGUUGCCAGAGAUGUUAUUUGUGACAAUCUACAACCACCUAACGGAGAACACCUGAGCACAGGUAAAGACGCUCCUCCUCCUCAUCCUCCUCUCAGUGGGUCGGACCAUGGCGCGGUCUUCCCGACUCUCUCCGGCGUCACUGAUAUCAUCGCCUCCAGCAUCCCGUCAUUGGCUGGAUUUGCCUCCUCCAUCGGUGGCUUCUCCCCUUCAGCCCCCUUGGCACCCCCGGCCCCCCUGGCCCCCUCAGCCCCGCCCUCCAUGGACAGCCCGUGUGAAGGCGUUGCCGCCCACAUACCUACCUUCGAAGGACCUGCUAGCGCUGUGGCUAACCGAGCGGUCACGUUGCACCCUGCCCCCCCCUCUGCGCCUCCCUCUAACACAGCAGCUGUUAGCUUAGAUCGCAUCCUUAGCUCGUUAGCUAACAUACCGAGUUUAGCAGGGAUUGUUAGCAAUGUGGCUAACCCUGCUGUUAGCGCCGUGAUGACGCCUGCAGCCUCGUCAGACCCGCUCCCAAAACUGCCGGAGAUCGUGGCAGCUCACACAGACAUUGGAGCCUUGUCACAGCUGGUGAUGUCAACAGUUGACCCGGACGCUGACAUCACGUUACCACCACUAGAGGGAGCUGCUGAGCCGACGGAGGAAGGUAACAAGCAGUCUCCUUACGCCGUCAAAGAGAACAGGCGGCACUCCACCAUGUUGGCUUGUUGGACGAGCACAGAGGAAGCUGAAAGUGACUCGUCCAAUGAGGAGGAGGAUACAGGAGCUAGCCAAUCCCUCCCUGGAGUCAGAGGACCAAUGGGGGAUGACCCUGCUCCUGAUCAGAACCCAAACACUAACCUCCCGUCCCAUCCUGCAGCCCGACUGGUACCUAAACGGCCGGCCCUGCCCCCUCCUCAACCUCCUGGCCAAUCAGGAAAGCUUCUGAAACAGAAGACCCCCAGAGCGGCUACUAUCCGAGUGUCCAGGAAGAAGGGGGCCAGCGGGGGUUCAGCGCCCCAGAGUGCCGUGGUCCGGGCCAGCUGGCUGGACGUCUGGAAGGGCUUCAAACACAAUGUCUUAUGGGCGACAUUGGACGGACAGCUGAUGUCUCUAUGGAAGAAACGCACAGACCAGUUCAGCGAGGUCCUCUUCCAUGUCUCCAGUGUCACCAAGGUGAAGAAACAGGACAAAGGCCGGUUCUCCGUCUACUUCAAGAAGAAACAUUAUGACUUUGUGGCUCAUAGCGAUGAGGUUCACGAAGGUUGGGUCACGUCUCUGCUGGCAUCUCGAGGUACGCCAAGCCCCGCCCCCCCAGAACUUCAUGGACCAAUCACCAUCAAGGAACCACGGAGCCGCUCCUACGCUGCACUCUGGGGUCAUGACCUGUGGAUUUACCCCAACAAGGAAGGCUUCCAGCUGGGCAUCGCCUCCUUCUCCAUCGCCCUGAACGUAGCCUCGGUCAAACCUAAAGGGAAACACUCGUUUACCCUCAACACUCCUUACAGGACCUUCAGUCUGUCUGUUGAUUCGUCAAAGGAAUUGUCCACCUGGUUGGACAGUCUGUCCUCGUCCAUCUGCAGCGCUCUGUCCAGCAGCCAGGUGGCGCUGCGUCUCUGGGAAAAUCCUGAGAACAAAGUGUGUGGAGACUGUGGCUCGGCAAAUCCUGAGUGGGCGUCGGUCAACCUGCUGCUGGUCAUCUGUCAGGCCUGUGCAGGUCAGCAUCGCGCUCUGGGCAGCAGCCUGUCCAAAGUACGCAGUCUAAAGAUGGACAACAAGAUCUGGACUGAACCACUCCUACAGCUGUUUCUUCGCUAUGGCAACCGUCUGGCCAAUCAGGUGUGGGCUCCGGCGGUGCCGGCGGCGGAGCAGCUGCGCCCGGAGUCGUCGGAUGAGGAGAGGUCAAAGUUCAUCCAGGAUAAAUACAGGAGGGGGCGCUACAGGCGGGUGCACGCUCUGACAACAUCACGGGACCUCAUGGACCAGAGGCUGCGCCAGGUGGUGUGCGGAGACGACGUGGAAGAAACGAUGUCUCUGAUCUGCUCAGGAGCAAAGGUGCGUCAGACGGACCUCCAGAGCCCCGCCCCCAUCCUGCUGGCCGAGAGGGCCAAUCAGGCUCUGCAGACAGAGCUGCUACGCCUCAACGAGUACACAGACGUCCCGCCUCACCUGCCUCAGUCAGCCAAUAGGAGACGUUACUCCGCUCCCUUAGGGGAGGAAGACGAGGAGCUCCAUGGUAAACUGGAGGAAGAUCGUUUUCUCUUCUCGUUGGAGAACCAGUCGGCGGCGUGUGACGUCCUCGACCUGCGGGAAGUCCUGUCUGUCUUCCUGAAAGACGUCCACCAGUUUGAGAUGGUGACCCUGAGUGAUCAGCUGAUCUGUGCUGCAGACAGCCAGGAGGUGCUGCUGACUCACCUGCAUCACAUCCUAAAGGUGAUUCUCCCGGGGGGCGUCUCCUACGCAGAGGUGGGCGGGGCCUCUGCCGUCAGUAAAGUGUGUGUCGUGGAGGUGGGCGGGGCCUCAAGUAGCUGGGAUGCCUGGGCGUUGUUGUGGGAGGACGGAGUCAGCGUGUAUCCCGUCCACAGCCCCCCGCUGGCGCUGACUAUGGAUCUGAGCGCGCUCACUCACCACGAAAUGGGUCCAUCUGAAAACAUCAUCACCAUGGUGACGGCAGACAGGAACGUUGCAUUGCGGUUCGAGGAGCAGCACAGCUGCCAAUCCUGGUUCAGCCGCCUGCAGAGAGCUCUGACCAAUCAGAGAGCGGCUCCCCUGGCUGCCAAUCAGAGCCCAGCUCGUCGGUCUCUGUACCCAGUGAUGUCACGGGGUUUGGUCCCGACGGCCGUGGAGCGCUGCAUCUCCCACAUCACCGCCCACGGUCGGUUUAUCAUUCCCCCCUUUCAUCAGCCUCUCAUUCCCCCUGAUCUCCCCCUGUUCUUCCAUCACUCUCAUUCCCCGCUGCUCUUAAAUGAGACUCUCAUUCCCCUCACUCUUAUAUCAGUGGUCCAGGUCUACUCUCAGGUGAACAGGAUGUCAGCCCAGAACCUGGCUCUGGUUCUGGUCCCGACUCUGUUCCAGACUCCAAACCAGCACCUGCUCCGACUCACCAGAGAGCUCAUCAUCCACCAUGCACUGCUCUUCCUGACGGCCGAGAGAGGCGAGGAAGACGAGAUCACUGUCCUUCCGGACCAAAGGGCCGCCGAUAGUCCGGACCAAGGGGACGCCGAUAGUCUGGACCAAAGGGACGCCGAUAGUCUGGACCAAGGGGACGCCGAUAGUCCGGACCAAGGGGACGCCGAUAGUCUGGACCAAAGGGACGCCGAUAGUCCGGACCAAGGGGACGGCGAUAGUCCGGACCAAGGGGACGGCGAUAGUCCGGACCAAGCGCGUGUCAUUGACGCUAAAGGAGACAUUCAGCACCGAAGGCGCCUGGCCGAGCGUCCAGCCCUCAACAUCGCCUUCCAGGCAGCGCUGCCUGGAAGGCGCUAG